AUGAAGGAGAUUUUGCGCAUCUAUGGUACUAGUUCUGGUCAAGUGGUGAAUUUUGACAAAUUAGGCAUCGUCUUCAGUUCAAAUGUAAUUGAAAAGAAUCAGAAUAAGGAGGGACAGCUGGGUUACUUGCUGAAACGUGGAGGGACAGCUGGUUUAGUGGAAGCUGUUGGAGAGUUGUUGUGGUGGAGGGGAUGCUAUCGUUGGUUGCUGGAAGGUGCUGGAAAUGCACGUGGAGGGGCUGCUGUCAUUGGUUGCUGGAUAGGGAAGGAGGGACAGCUGGGUUACUUGCUGAAACGUGGAGGGAUAGCUGGUUUAGUGGAAGUUGUUGGAGAGCUGUUGUGGUGGAGGGGAUGCUAUCGUUGGUUGCUGGAAGGUGCUGGAAAUGCUCGUGGAGGGGCUGCUGUCGUUGUAUUGUUCUUUCCUCGACAUUUUUAUAUUUCAAAAUUUUCAUCAGGGUCACAAGCAUUGGUUAGUUUUGUGCUGCAGCAGGAAAUUCCUGCUGACUUCUCAUUAGUUGCCGAGGAGGAUUCUAAAGAUCUCCGCAAGGAUGGUGACCAGGAAAUAGUUGAGCGUAUUACAAAACUUGUGAAUGAUUCUAUAACUAGUGAUGGAUCAUACAAUGUUACUUUAUCCACAGAAGAUGUUCUCAAGGCCAUUGACAGUGGCAGAUCUGAAGCUGGUUCCCAAGGUCGACACUGGGUUUUGGAUCCUAUAGAUGGUACUAAAGGGUUUCUGAGAGGAGAUAAAUAUGCAAUAGCAUUGGCUUUGCUAGAUGGAGGAAAAGUUGUUCUCGGUGUGCUGGCUUGUCCAAAUCCCACUAACGUCCAUCAGUGCCGCUGAUCAGCAUUCUCCAAA